AUGUUGCAGAGGCAAAUUAUGUUCAAGCAGCUUGAGGAACUCCAAAGGCAAAAGAAACUCCAAGAGUUAAACGACUCCAGACAACAAAAUGUCAUAAAUCAACAAUCUUUACUACUCAAUAAGCAAGCUUCUGGAGCUCAAUAUGCACCAUUAAUCAAUGGAACCCCAGUUCGUGAUCCUUCUCAAAUGUUCAUGUUUGGCAACACAAAUUUGGUCCAAGGGUUUCAAAAUGGAUUACCUUAUUCACAAUCAGGACAUGGUUUUAGUCGUUUUUCUAAUUUUCAAGGAACAACACGUGAACAACCACCCAUUGGUGAACAACAAAUGGACACUGUUACUAGAUCUUCUUCCAUGAGUGAUCAAUUCAAUGCUGCUUAUCAAGAACAAGGUGAUUUUGGUGGAAACAUUGUGGAUAAAACAACAGAUGUUAACCUUAACCCUCAAGAUUUCACUAGUUUGGAUCCAUUAGAACAGAAGUUCUUAUUCAAUACAGAUGAUAACAAUUUUGGGAACAUGUUUGAAGACACUGAUAACUCACAAGCUUUUCCUUCUUUACAAAGUGGGAGUUGGAGUGCUCUUAUGCAAUCUGCCCUUGAUGAAACUUCAAGUACUGAUACAGGUGUACAAGAGGAAUGGAGUGGCUUAAGCUUUCAGAAUCCAGAACAUUCCAAUGAUAACAAUAAUAAUAAUAAUAAUAAUAAUAAUAAUAAUCAGCCUUCAAACAUUAUGGAAAGUGGGAAACAUCCAACUUCAUGGUUUCAAAACAAAACAUCUAAUCAAAACUCAAACUCAAACUUCCCUGGUUUUCAGCAGUUUCCUUCUACAAAUUUCCAAUUUCGUUCAGAUUCUUCUCAUGGAUCAAAUCAGCAAUCUCAAAAAGAAGGUGGUGAUUCUUCUGGAAUGUCUUCCAUUGUUGACAAAUCAUCCGGAUUUCCUGUUCAAGAUUCAAAUGCUCAAACAAGUCGACAUAUGCUUGAGCUUCUUCACAAGGUAGACAAAUUCAAAGAAUAUAAACAUGGUCAACAACAGUCUUCUUAUACUGAGUCGACUCAGAGAAAGAUUCCUAAAGCUGAAACUACAGAUGCAUUCACUCCAUCAAACAAUUCUUCAGUCCAACAAUCAUUUGGAUUGAGGUUGUCUCCUCCAACUCAAAGACACCCUGCAAAUUAUUUCAACUCAUCUCAAGUGGUGAACUCACAUUUAAAGAACCAAGAUGGUCAACAGGGUUCUAAUUCUAAUCCAAAAAGUCAACCUAAUGUCUGGAUAGAUAUACCUUGUAGCAGAAUGGAAACUGCUUCUGAAGGUCAAAAUUCACAAACUUUUGAUUAUGGGCAAGGGCAAGAAGGUAAAUUCCACCCCGGGGAAGAAUCUUUUUCAGGGCGUUUAGAAGCAAACGGAUCCGGUUCUCUGAAACAAUCACAUAUUUCCCCUCAUGGGUACUCUCCUUUAAACCCCACGUACUCUGGGCCAGGGGUAAAAAAGGAAAGACAAGAUUCUGACCACCCUAAAUUUCCUCAAGUAACAUCCAUGUCAGCACUCACAUCUGCAUAUGAAAACUACAAAAGCGUACUCACGUCAUCCGCUACAAAAGAAGAUCAUCUAGUGAAAUCCCCAUUUUACCCUCCUCUUCAAGACCCUUCUCAGCUUCAUAAAAAUAGUUCAUUUGUCCAGAUGAAUUUAGCAAACACAAGUCAAUAUGGAACCAAUUCAGUUGGUGUUAAUCAAGAUUCAAUUAUUUCUAAAUCAAAAAAACGUAAAUUUCCUACUUAUGAGCUUCUCCCUUGGCAUAAAGAAGCAACACAAGGUUCUAGAAGAAUCCAUGAUACAAGCAUUACGGAAGUGGAAUGGGGAGAGGCUGGAAAUCGGGUACCUGAACAGAUGAAAGAAGGUCAAGGGGGUGAAAGUGAAACAUUAAAGAGAAGAAUUAUUUUAACAACACAACUUAUGCAAGUUUUAUUUAGGCCGACACCAUUUAAACUUCUUUUGGAUGAUGCUUUGGAAUGCUAUGAAAUGGUGACAUACUUUGCUGCUAGAUUAGCACUUGGCGAUGCAUGUACUUUGGCAAAUCAUCCUCAUCAUAUUUCUGACACGUCAGCAGGGAAAAAGGUUGUAUCCAAGGGUAGUGGUGAUCAGAAUCUUUCAAAGGUUGUGGAAGAUUUCAUUGAUCGAUCAAAAAAGAUAGAAGAUGUGCUUUUGAGGUUGGAGAAUGGAGGAUCAGUUCUUGAAAUAAGAAUGGAAUCCCAAGAUUUAGAGAGGUUUUCAGUCAUCAACCGAUUUGCCAAGUUUCAUAGCCGGGCACAUAUGGCGGCGGCACCAGCUGACACAACCACCACCACCGGAGGUGGUGGUUCCGGCAUCCCAAAGCUAUAUCCUCAAAGAUAUGUGGCAGCUAGUCCUAUGCCUAGGGUAGUACCCGAAGGGCAUAAUUGUCUUUCACUAUGAUUGUUAAGUUUACAAGUCUUGUUUUUUUUUUUUUUAGGGUUAUUUGCUCGUUUGGUUGUCUAACUUCACUUUUGGUUCAUGCUUUUGGACCGAAAGCCAACUGAUGUCAAUUUUGACAAAGU